UUAGCCCAAUAUUAAUAUAUCUCUCAAUCCGACUGGGUCGAACUCGAAUCCGAUCCACCCAUACCCGUUUUCCAGGACACGAUCUUUUUCUUUCCACAGAAAGAAGGAAACACGAAGAAACAGCCGGUGGUGUGAUGGAGAAGAAAGAAGAGCAGCAGGAAUUAGAAGACGAGAGAAGGGAAGCAGCAAUAGCUUCAACCCCAUCUCUUCAACCCAAUUUCAAGCCCAAACGAGGCAUAACUCAAGCCCAGCUUUCCAAGUUCCAAGAAUUGCACAUGAAGCGUUUGCAAAUAAAGUCAAAAUCAAAGAUUAAGAAGAAAUCAAGAGGGACUGCAGUUGGAAGUGACAGAUCACAUAGCAAAGACCUCAAUGUCCAUGACUCUGUGGUUGAAGAUUCAACUAUAGCAAUUGAGGAGUCAAGUAUUUCCAACUCUGAAAGCCACAUUAACAAAAACAGUUCCUUCGUAAGGCAGAGCAAUGUAGCUGCUCCUUUUGCAUCAAAGAAGCACCAGAAGCUACAUUGGGGGCUUGACACAAAGGAAAGGUGGGAAAGGAAAGCUAACAUGUAGACAUUGCCAUGGAAGUGAAAUGGAGCUCUCUUAGUUGUUUCCAGGACUCUCUAGUUGGUCUCUUGAGUUAAAGAAGCCUUCCUCUGAUCUUACUGCAGAUGAUUUGUUUUGGGGGUGGAGGGUGGGGGGUGGGAGUGCUGCUCUAUGCUUGCAUGUUGAGAGAACACCAACCUGGCUGAUAUUACUACUUUUAUCAUCAGGAGUAUCACCCUCUCUGAUGGCUGCUGUAUCUAAGUAACUCUUGUAUAUAUAGUAGGUACCAGAAAGAAUAGAGAUUGCAAUUUCACAAGUUUUAUUUUUAUCAUUUUGUUAUACGUCUUGAUUUCAUUUAACUUUUUCGUAUA